AUGGCUUCUUGUACUCCAUCCGACUCUGCGGACCCUGAUGUCGCUGGGAUUGGUGUGCUGAUCUCGUUUGCCGCCUCGUCAUUUCUCACCAUCCUGGCAAUCCUCGUCGCCUACUUUGGCCAAGCGCUCCGACCUGAUCGAUAUAGCCAACUUGACGAGGCCAUCAUUACUGGGCUUGGCCGCCGCUCAAAGGCUAGCAAUGAGGUUCGAAAGCAGCGCAUUGCAGCUUUUGAGUCCUUCAUCAAAGCCCUUUCCGACCAACAACUAUUCACCAGUCUGGCCCUCACGGUAGCGAUAUACCUGCUUCGAUAUGGCGUGAACGGGCUUGACGCUCAAGUGUCUGCAUACUCGUACUGUUUGGCAGUCAACAUCGCGCUACUUUCUUGCUUCGUUCACCUAUCUGCCGUGACCAUUCUACGGGAUCAUCUUGAAAAAUUCAAGCGGCUUCGGAAUAAUGGAAAAGCCACAAUAUAA